AUGUCUUCUCCGUUCAGUUACCCUCCACUAGAUCAGCUACUCCGCCAAAUUCGCCUAAUCAGACUACAUCCUGCGUCUCCGGAAGACCCCAUUGAAUGCUCCAUUUAUGUGGCCUCGUUAAACAACAACCCGGAGUACGAGGCGCUGUCCUAUGCGUGGGGCGAGGCGGGUGGAGGCGUUGAGAUUCAGCUCAAUGGCAAACCUUUUACCAUCUCAAUUUGUUUAUCGUCUGCUCUUCGACACAUUCGAAAUGAAGCUGAGACUCGGGUGCUUUGGGUCGACGCGCUUUGCAUCAAUCAACAAGAUUACGGCGAAAAGGAACACCAGGUAAAGAUCAUGGGCAUGGUCUACAGGAAGUGCAAGAUAGGGCUGCUGUGGAUUGGGGAGGAGUCGGAACGAAGCGAUGCCUGGUGCCCCGCCCGAAGUCAGCGUCACUGCGACUACUGCAUCAAGGCCCCUGGAGCUGAUGGUGUUUGCUCCUACGACACACAUCAGCACCACCAAACACACAGGGAGACCAGUCGCCGCUUGAGCUUCUCCUCUGCUCCUCACGGCCAGACCAAGUGCAAACAUUUGAAUUGCAGGUGGCACGGACGACGACCAUCCAUAUCAGCAGCUCAGCAGUUGAUGAAAUCACUCGAGAAGCAUCACCUCCACGAAAUCCCCGCCCUGAAACAUGCCCUUCAACCCCGAGAGAAACUGGAGUUCGAGAUCAUGGAGCCGCUCGUAGCACUGGGGGCGUUGAUGAGUCGAAGUUGGUGGACACGGAUGUGGACCGUUCAGGAAGCCGCUCUACCACCCAUUUCCACUCUGUGCUAUGGCAAACUCACUCUUCCGCUGGUUGAAAUGGCUAGAUCAGCUGAGGAGCUCUUCUACCAUUCACAGAACUGCUGUUCUGAGUUCUUUGCCCAACUCGUCCAGAGGCUCGACAAGCUAUCGUGUGGGGAGGCCACGGUCAACGCCCUGUUCAACUUUCAGAAACACGUACACACCUUGGACUUGACCCGGAGAUGGAUAGAGCAGCGUGGUACGGGUAUCAAUCUCAUGGACUGCUUGUACAACUUUCACGAUCGGAAAUCAAAGCACCCGCGGGAUAAGAUAUUUGCCUGUCUUGGCCUGCACCCCUCGAACUUCGGUCUCGAUGCGGACUAUAAAGCCGAUGAGCAAAAACUGUACCAGAGCGUCAGCCUGCAUCUGCUGCGCUUAUACCCAGAUCGAUCGCUCUCGAUUUUGUGGCGGGAAACCGAACCCGCCGAGCCCGCCGAUCCAGACCAUCCUUCAUGGGUCAAGGAGUUCGACAAAGAGACGACGGCAAUGAAUCGACGGGCCCGAAGCGUGCAUUAUAAUGCGUCCAAAGAUGGAUCUAUUCGGCUCAGGCACUACGACAAGGGCAUUCUCUCGUUUGUUGGCACAAAGGCGGAUGCCAUUUCUGACGUGACAGAGCAUCUCCACUUUGUGUCCACCUAUUCCGGAUGCCAAUUCUCGACUUUCCGCAAAUGGGCCAAGUUUUUAAAGCUGCACGAGCGUCAGUCUGUCGCUUGGCUCGGCGACUUCACCAAAACCCUGAGCGGAGAUGUGCAUAGGCUGCGCCCGGACUACUCCGGUCUUGACGAAAAGAAGCUGGAAUCAUUCGUCAAGUCGUUACUGAAGAAACGGCCACGAUAUGAUCUCGUUGAGACAUCACUGGCCCAGGAACUGAACACCUCGGCUGCUGGGCGAAAAUUGUUUAAAACACAGAACGGACGCAUCGGCCUGGGGCCGGAAUGGAUGCAACCGGGAGAUGAGAUAUGGGUUCUCUCUGGAGGCAGUGUUCCAUUUAUUUUACGGCCUUUGACGACCGAUAUACUUGAAAAUCAUGAAGCGGCGCAAGAUGGUGCUGAACAAUAUCACAUUGUUGUCGGAGAUUGUUAUGUUCAAGGUAUCAUGUUCGGGGAGGCAGUGUCGAAUGAGUCUCAUAGUGAACGCGUCUUCCUCACUUAG